AUGGAGGGUCAGGUCAUACAGUGUCUACAAGCAACCCUCUCCCCGGACCAUACAGUCAGGACACAGGCCGAGGACCAGCUCAGGCAGCUCUUCAGUCACCCCCAGGGUGGUCUGACUCUCGCCAAGUUACUCACUUCGCAGCAAGUAGAGAUCUACCAGCGACAGAUGAGGCUGUUGUUACAAAAGUAUGUCGACAAGCACUGGUCGCCUGUCUCGGCAAACUAUGAGGCCCCCGCGACUCCUAUUGAAGUGAAGGGGGAGAUCAGGGACCUUGUAUUUGGGGGGCUGAGUGAUGGUGAAGGCAAGAUUCGAACGGCUAGCGCAUACUCUCUCUCCGCCAUCGCCCGCUUCGACUGGCCCGAAAAUUAUCCCACCCUCCUCCCCUCCCUUAUCCAACUCCUCAACAACGGCUCCCCCGCCUCCAUCCACGGCUCCAUGCGCGUCAUCCAGGAUUUUGUCCGAAACGAUCUCUCAGAGGACCAGCUCCUGCCCGUCGUGCAAGAGCUGCUCCCCGCCGUACUCGGCAUCCUCGGCGACCCCGCCUCGCACUCGCCCACUACGAGGGCGUCUACAGUGCAUGUCUUCCGCCAAGUCUUGCGUAUGCUCGAGACGAUCCGGGAGGAACACCCCGAAGCUGCUAAAUCCGCUAUCGACUCUCUCAGCGCCGUGUGGCUCGAUGCGUUCAAGCAGCUGCUCGCACAAGACGCUGCCACCGAGAUCCAAGCCAACUGGACGUCCAUCAACGUCCGCGUCGAAAUCUUCCGGACGCUCUCUCUUUAUCAGAACGCCUUCAAGACGCUCAUCGCUCCGCAUAUCCCCGAGCUGAUCCAGCUCGCGCUCCAGAAUCUGCAAUCGCUCUUACCCCUCUUCAGGGCAUUCUAUCUGUCCUCCGAGGACGAUGCGCCUGAACCGCCUUCCCCGACUUCGGACGUGGGCAUGAUGGAGGACAAGACCGGUUUGCCGGAACUCGCUUCGGCCAUAUUUGACCUCCUCACCCCCGUCGUCCGUACCAAAUCCGCACUCCCCUCUCUCAUCUCUGGCUCUGAAGACUCCGAGGCUCCCACUCAAAUGCUGGAGCAGCUGAUCAAGGUGGUGCAAGAGUGGACGCAGGUGACAAAGGAGAAUACGGAGGAGUGGAUGGAGGAUCCGAAUGCGUUUGUGGUGGAUGAGGAUGAUGAUAAUGAGCAGUAUAGUGUUAGGACGUGUGGGUAUGAUCUUGUGGGGUCAUUGAUUGACAAGUGGACGAGGCCUGUCGCUUCUGUCCUUCAGAAAAUUGUUGAGGAGAAGGUGCAAGAUGCCGCCUCCGCCAAGCAAUCAGGCAGUAUUGACUGGUGGAAGCCCUUGGAGUCCGUCUUGGCCCUUAUUGGUGGUAUCGCAGAUGAUGUCCGCGACAUUCUUGAGGAGGACCAAGAAGAAAAACGUCCUCCCGCCAUCAACAUCGGUUUCCUAUUCGACAAUGUCAUCCCGGGCCUUCUCGGGCAGAACGAAACUCCAUUCUUGCAAGGUCGCGCGUUUGUCUUUGCGAGCCAGUUUUCGUCCAUGCUGAAUCAGCAGCUCGCGGGACAGUAUUUGAGUGCGGCGGUACAAGUGUUGGAGGCGAGUGACGUUUCGGUGCCUGUCAAGAUUUCGGCUGUCAAGACUAUCAAAAACUUCUGCCGUCACGUUGACCCAUUCGUCCUCAAACCAUUCUCAUCCAAGACGCUUCAUCUUAUCCUCCCUCUACUCCCGCAAGCUUCUUCCGAGACGCUCUACCUUGUGCUCGAGACUUUGCGCGCAAUUACGUCGAUGGAUGACGAUCUGCUGGAUGAGCAGACGACACGGACGGUCGUUGAUGUGUUGUUUGACGUCUGGCUGAGGUGCACUAACGCAUCUUCAGACCCCGUGACGACUGCCAUCAUCGAAGAAAACAUCGAAUCCAUCUCCCUCCACCCCAACCCCUCCGUCGUCUCCAUCCUGAUCACCGCCCUCUCCCCCAAACUCGCGGCCACCAUCUCGUCCCCCGUCACCGACGAAACCGUCCACAUCCCGGGCGAAGCUGUCCAGCUCGCCAACAGCUUGCUGCGCGUCCGCGGCGGGCCGCUGGAGGCGGAGUUGGUUGCGACGGUGACGAGGAGUGUGAUGGAGGUGUUGAGGGUGACGGAUGAUAUGGACGUUAUUCAGCAUGGGAUGAUUCAUUUGACUUUGGUUGUGCGGAAGGAUUGCGAGAAACUUGUUCAGUGGCAUGACGCGCAAGGCCAGAAUGGGAUCAACGCCAUUUUCGCCCUCCUUGCCCGCUUCCUCGCCCCGGAAUUUUCCGAGUCUGGUGGCAUCUUUGUCGGCGAGCUCAUCAUGCACCUCUUCCGCAAGGCAGGCGAAGCGAUCGGUCCCGUUCUGCCCGACUUGCUGAGGGCCGUCGUUGAGAGACUCAAAUACGCCAAAAUGGCAUCUUUCAUCCAGACCCUCGUCCUUCCUUUCGCCUACCUCUUCUCCACUGAAUACACUUCCACCACAAUCGACCUCCUCUCUCAAAUGUCCAUCGCUCCCCCCUCGGAACCUACUACAGCCUUCCCCACCCUCUCUGCCCCUCGGUCUGCGCUGGACAUUGUCCUCAAUGCGUGGUCAGAGACGUCCGAGACUGUUAGUGGGAGCUGGAAUAUCCGAGUGAGCGAUAUGGGGAUGAGCAAGCUGUUUGUGCUCGGUGGGGAUCAGAGAUUGAGGGAGGUUAUGGUGAAGGGGGAUUUGAUUAUCGAUGAGGCCAACCGGGACACGAUCAUGACCCGAUCCCGAACCAAGGCCCACCCCAACCAGUACACCCAAACGCCUUUCCCACUCAAAGCACUCAAACUCAUCCUCAAAGACGUCCAGUCUGAGACAAGCGGUAAAGGCAAGGGGAAGGGCAAGGGCAAGACUGUGGAUUUGGAGAUCCCUGAGGACGAUGGAGAUGAAGAUUGGGAUGAUGAUGAUGAUCUCUUUGGCGGCGACGACGAGUUCGAGUUCUUGUCUUCGUGGCUCGAGGCAGGCGGCGGUAACGAAAAUGAUGCGCAAGAUGACGACGAGGAUCUCAAAUCCGAUCCCCUCGCUCAGAUCGACCUCGGUCAACAUCUGACUGACGUUCUUCGACAUGCCUACUCGUCCAACGCGAACGGGAUGCACGAGAUGGUAGAGGGGUUGACGGAUGAGGAAAAGUCUAUCUUGAGAGGUGUCUUGACUUUGUAA